AACAACAACAAAAAGAGUAAGGAGUGUAAUGUAUGGGCUUGACUUAAGGUGUGGUGGGUACACAUAAGGACAGACUUGGGAGUAUAGGUGAUGGCAUUGGCCCCAAGGAAGUCUAGGCAGAGCCACAAAACUGUGCUGUUAGGUAAGCUGGGGUCUCAGGUCAGGGAGAUGGACAGGACGGGGGAAGGAGGGAUGGAGCUUCCCACCCCUGGCUUCAGACACAUUUAACCCCCCUUGCUUACCCACUGUCAGGGGCAGAAAGUCUUCCUGCCAGAGACGAUUCCCAUGAAAAGUGAUCUGGAGGGUGUGAGACCCAUGGAGAAUUUGGUGAAUUUAGAGAAGGAUAUGAUGGAAGACAGAGAAGAGGCAGCAGUACUCACGUCUCUAGACCCUCCGCUUCCCAGCAGUCCCGGAGACUCGGUGAAGACAGAGGGGGAGCAGAACCCGCAGGACGGAAUUGGUCUGGAGCGUGUGGAUGUCCGUGACGUGCCUCCCACCCACGUUCCAGAGACACAGGCUUUGAGUCAGCGUCCAAAGAGAAGAGAUUCUGGGAAUCCAGGAGGUGCCCCCAAGAGAAAAAGGGGCAACACUCCCACCCCGCAAGAGGAGCCUCAAGAAAGAGCCAUGUCGUUGGACAGAGGAGAAGACACCACACGGCACAGGUGCCAUUCAGUGGGUGUGUCAAGCACCGUGGAGCCAACUGGUCACCCUGUUGGCAAGGAAUCCAGGAGGAAGCUACCCUACGAGUGUGAAGACUGCAGCAAGAGGUUCACCUACAGAUCACAGUUAGAACUUCACCUGAGGACACACACAGGAGAGAGACCCUUCCAGUGCCUUGACUGUCCCAAGAGGUUCACUCGGUUCUCAGACCUCCGUGUCCACCAGCGGAUCCACACGGGGGAGAAGCCGUUCUGCUGUACAUUCUGCGAGAAGAGGUUCACCCACAAGUCCACGCUGCGUGACCACCAGCGGGUCCACACCCAGGAGAAGCCUUACCAGUGCGCCGUCUGCCAGAAAAGGUUCAUCCAACGCACGAACCUCAACAAACACAUGCGCACCCACUCGGGCCCGAAACCCUACCUGUGUCCCCACUGCCACCUGGCCUUCCGCCAUCAGGGGACAUUUAAACGCCACCAAAGGACACAUGGCAACGAGGGGUCCAUUCAGGCCUCGGACCUCCACGUCCACCUGCGGAUCCACACGGGGGAGAAGCCGUUCGGCUGUAAAGUCUGUAAGAAGAGGUUCACCCACGAGUCCACGCUGCGUGGAAGAUCUCCACUGUCAACACCACUGUCCAGGACAGGUGCCCAAGAGGACGCGGACGCCCUCCAGAGCGUGCACACAAUGUCUGCACUCCUCCAUCGCUGGCUGAGGCCCGAUGUGCUCACCAAGAAGCAGAUCUUGGAUAAGCUUCUGCUGGAGAAGUUCAUGACCUGCAUGCCCCUGGAGCUGCAGGUCUUGGUGAAGGAGAGGCGCGUGCAGAGCUUCGAGGAACUGAAGGUCUUGCUGAGAAAUAAGGAGAAACCCAGGAAAUGGAAGGUCAUCACCUUGCAAGAGCAGAAGUAUCUUCUGGAGAAUUCCUAUGUCCAGGUGGCCGAUGAGGAAGUCGGUGACACAGACUAUGUGUUGGACUUGUCCAUGAAGUCCCCAUCCCCCAUCAGUCAGACGGGGGUACAUCCUGAGAACAGCCAGGAGGUCAAUGGACAGCCGGGGAACCAGCCAGGAACCAGUGACGUGGUGUGGGGACAGGUGAGUGUGUGA